UCGACCUAAGGUGUGUCGACCUGGAGCCCCAGACCCGAGCUGACUAGCGGCAAUGUAUGGUAUUGCUCCUCUCUAAACCGUAUCCUUCUGAAUCUGAUCACAAUGUGAGCGUGAGGGCCUCCUCGGGGCAUCACUAGCACCAAAAGACUUCCCCGGGACUCCUCCUCAUGUACCGACUCCCGGCUGGUACGGGGUGGCCGGAUCUCACAUUCAGGGAGGGAACUCCUCCUCGUCCUUCUGACAGUGUCUCUGCUUCCAGGUCGUUUCUCUCAUAGCCUGUCUUGGCUGCCAUUCCAGGCCACUUCUCUCCGGCGCCUCCGCCAUGCAUCGUGACUCCUGUCCGCUGGACUGCAAAGUCUAUGUUGGAAACUUGGGUAACAAUGGCAACCAGACAGAAUUGGAACGGGCAUUCGGCUACUAUGGACCUCUCCGUAGUGUGUGGGUUGCCAGGAACCCCCCUGGCUUUGCCUUUGUAGAAUUUGAAGAUCCUAGAGAUGCAGCAGAUGCAGUUAGAGAAUUAGAUGGACGAACUUUGUGUGGAUGUCGAGUUAGAGUAGAAUUAUCCAAUGGUGAGAAACGAAGUAGGAAUCGUGGACCGCCACCAUCGUGGAACCGACGACCUAGGGAUGAUUAUCGCAGGAGGAGUCCACCACCACCGAGGCGCAGGUCCCUUUCUAGAGAACAUCGGAAAGAAAGAUCUCUGUCCAGGGAGAGGAAUCAUAAACCAUCUCGUUCCUUUUCUAGAUCAAGAAGCCGUUCAAGGUCAAUCGAGAGAAAAUAGGCUCUCUUCAACACUGUACAGAUGGCAUUGAAAAUAUUUUUUUUUCUCUUUGCUUUGUCAUGAUGCUUUUUUAAACAUAUUUUUUUUAUUCUGUGUUUUUCUUGUAUCUUGUCUUGUAAGACGUGAUGGAAAAUGUUCUGUUAUGGUUCCGUACAGGUGAAGUGGCAAUUAAAGAAAUUGCUAACUUUUUAAAUAUUUUUCAAUUAUAUUGUAUUGUUUCAAGCAUUUCAAACUCUUGACGAUCUAUUGAGCUUUAAUCUUUGUUUAUGUGAAAACAUUGGUGUACAAUUCUAUACAUCCUAAGUGUACAAUUCUAUAAAAUCAUAAACACAUUUUUGUAGAAUGCAGUGGGAUUUUUGUACUGAAAAUUUGGCAUGUGUAUUCUGGGGAGUUUUUCUCUUUCUGUUAUUCUAGCAGCUUGCUGCAAAUGAAGUACAUUAUUUAUUUGAAUGUUUUUGUUAAGAUUGAUCCCUGCCAUGAAAUAUACAGGAUUUUUAUUGCAUAUACACAGGUACACCACCGAUAAUCCGGCACCCUUGGUUCCAGCACUGUGCCAGAUUAUGCAUUUUGCUUGAUAGGUGAUACAUACAGCAGCAUCCCAGCGGCUAAACUUCCCACCACUCACCACCUAAUCCUAAACCUCCCGCAGCAUGACUCUCCCACAGCCUAAACGAACACAACCACAGUCUAACGCAGCCCUCCUCCAGCCUUACUCCCCCGCCCACGGUAAUCAAGCCUCCCACAGCCUAACUCUACCCUACAGCAUAACUGAGCCCAUAUUAAAAGUGGUGCCAGAUAAUCUGUGUUGUACCUGUACGUGCUGUAAUAAGUAUGGUCUUGGAGAGGAAGUAUUGGCCUAAAACACCUCUACUGAUGGUCUUUCUUCCAUUUCCCAGUGGAAAGCAGCAUAGUUCUCACACUAUGAACUUAAUAUGUAAAUUUAAUACUAUGGAGGAGACCUUUUUAAAAUGUGUAUUUCUCUUACGUCCUAGAGGAUACUGGGGUCCAUUUAGUACCACGGGGUAUAGACAGGUCCACUAGGAGCCAUGGGCACUUUAAGAAUUUGAUAGUGUGGGAUGGCUCCUCCCUCUAUGCCCCACCUACCAGACCCAGUUUAGAAAAUGUGUCCGGAGGAGCCGGUCACACUGGAGGAAGCUCCUGAAGAGUUUUCUGCUUUUAUUUGUUAUUUUCAGGCAGGGCUGAUUGGCACCAGCCUGCCUGCUUCGUGGGACUUAGGGGGGGAAUGGCGCAACCUCUUGAAGGGUUAAUGGUCCCAUUCCACGCUGACAGGAAACUGAUCUCCUGAGGGAACUAUUUGCAAGCCCCACCACGGCGAGCGUACAUUCUCGCAGCACGCCGCCACCCUUAACAGAGCCAGAAGAAUGAAGAGUGGUAGUACUGAUUAGGUUAGUGGUUAGCGGGGCGCAGGCCAUUUUGGCGGCACGAGAGUACGGAGACACACAGCUUCUAAACAGGGUGGAAUGCGUCUCCAGACACAGUAAACAACUGCGUCUCGGUACACUGUACACGGUACCCAUACUGGCAACACAGCCUUAAAAUGGUUUCUGUCCAUUUUAAGCACCAAAUUCCUCAACAAGUCAGAAGAACGUGCGCCAUUGAAGGGUCGGGGCUUCACUAUAAGAGGGUCCAGCAGCUCACCAGUGCCAUUUUCCCUCUGUAGUGGACACAGACGCUGACUGACAGGGACGCGCAGCUCCUCCAGUGUGACUCCAAAUUACCUCAUCGGUACCAGGGGGUCAUAGCAGGGGGGGAACGAUUACUAGUGUACUAAGUCCCCUGUCAGGGUACAUAGUCUGCGACCCGGCUAAGCUUGGCAUCAGCGGUAAAGGCGCGGUGGGGGGCUGGCUCCAAACAACUCUGUGUCUCUCCAGGGACGGAUCUAGACUUUUCUUUAGGGGGGGCAGUUUACUGCUUAAUCUUGACUCCUCCCUCUACAGUCCCAACUCCUCCCAUCUGCAAUCCUAACUCCUCCUCUCUCAAUUCUGACUGAACUUUUUGAGUGAGACUGAGAUAGAGCUUUCUAUGUACAUGUGACAUUGCUAUGGGGUAAUUGUAUUUAUUAGCCCUAGUACCCACACACCAGCAAGUGAGGGGCAAAUUCUCUGUAACCCUUGCUCUCCUGGCUCCUCUGUGCUGCUGUGGCAUAAGCUGCAGCACAUCGUGUGUGCUGUCACAUUUACAUUAUGUCAGGCAAAGAGUGUGUUUCUUAUACAGCAGGGUGUUCCUCUUCACCAGGGGGCUCACUACUGGGUACUCAGGGUUCACAGAAUGGCGGGGCUGAACCAGAGUGGGUUAAUUCUCUGAAAGGAAUGAUCUCCACUUUUUCUACAAAACAGCGUCUCAAUCCCCUCCCAUAUGUCCGCAAAAACGAUCUCUGGCCCAUAUCCUGCAGUCUGACGCUGACAGGUCAGACAUGGAGGAGGGUGAGGUGGAUUUGGGGGGAUGCAGCUCUGUUACAGGGAAUAGAGGCUAUCAGAGAUAUCCUGCAUAUUUCUGAUAAAGGUGUCAGAGGAGUGUGAGGAAUCUUAUUUUAAUGUAAAAAAGAAGUCCUCAGUCACUUUUCCUGUGUCAAAGGAACUGAAUACCCUGUUUGAAAAACCGUGCGUUAAUCCUGAUAAGAAAUUUCAGAUCCCUAAAAGGUUGCUCUGGAGGAUAGGAAAAAAUGGGAAAAUCCACCGAUAGUGGACACAACAGUCUCUAGGCUUUCACGAAAAAUUGUAUUGCCUGUUCCUGGUGUAGCCUCCCUUAAAGACACGGCUGAUCGUAAAAUUGAGACUACACUCAAAUCAUUGUACACAGCUGGUGGGGUGGCCCAAAGACCCACUAUUGCAUGUGCGUGGAUCACAAAAGCCAUUGCAAAAUGGUCAGGUAACCUAAUUGAGUGGUUAGAUUCCUUGUCUAGGGGGGGGUGUUUUACUCCUGCAGCAUAUACAGGACUCUGCCAACUUUAUGGUGGAAACCAUAAAAGAGAGAGGCUUGCUUAAAGCAUGCACCACCGCUAUGGCAGUGUCGGCACGCAGGGGCUUGUGGCUACGCCAGUGGACUGCUGACGCGGACUCCAUUAAAGGCAUGGAAGGCCUACCAUUCACAGGAGAGGCCUUGUUUGGAGAUGAACUAGACAAAUGGAUAUCCAGAGCUACUGCGGGUAAGUAUACCUAUCUUCCUUCCGCAACCCCCCAAACCAAGAAGACUUGUUCAGCUUCUAAGUUACAGUCCUUUCGGACUGCCAAGUUCAAGGGUAAAUCCAGAGAUGCUUGUCUGUCUCCCAGCGGCGCAGGAGGUAAACCACACAAGCCAGCAACUGCAGGUGCUCAGGACCAGAGCCCAGGCUCUGAUUCCUCAAAGACUUCAGCAUGACAGUGGACCGCAAUGCCUGGAAGGCUGUCAGAUGGGAGCCCGACUACAAUUCUUCAGUCAAAUCUGGUCAAGUUCUUGACAGGAUCCCUGGGUCAUGGAUCUUAUUUCCCAGGGCUACAGACUGGAGUUCCAAAAGCUCCCACCUCACAGAUUCUUCAAAUCAGGCUUGCCAAUUUCACAAAAGGCAAGUAUACCUUUACAGUAUGCCAUCUAAAAACAGACUGAAGUCAUUGUUCCAGUUCCACCUCAUCUGCUCAACAAGGGGUACUAUUCCAACUUGUUCGUAGUACCGAAACCAGACGGUUCGGUAAGACUGAUUCUGAACCUCAAGUCUUUGAACCCGUACUUACGAGUGUUCAAAUUCAAGAUGGAGUCUCUCAGAGCGGAAAUCUCAGGUCUGGAGGAGGGGGAAUUCCUAGUGUCUAUGGAUAUCAAGGAUGCGUACCUUCACAUUCCGAUCUGGCCGCCUCGUCAGGCCUAUCUACGGUUUGCACUGCAGGACUGUCACUACCAGUUCCAGGCCCUGCCCUUUGGUCUCUCCACGGCCCCGAGGGUGUUCACCAAGGUGAUGGCAGAGAUGAUGUUUAUACUCCACAAGCAGGCAGUGAACAUAAUUCCGUACCUUGACGAUCUCCUGAUAAAGGCGCCGUCAACCAAACUCCUCUAGGAUCACGGGUGGAUUCUGAACCUUCUGAAAUCUCACCUAGAGCCAACAAGGAGGCUCCCAUUCCUGGGAAUGAUACUGGACACAGAGUCGCAGAAAGUGUUCCUUCCAUUGGAAAAGGCAGUGGUGAUCCGGUCAAUGGUUCGGGACGUCCUGAAGCCAACCUGGUUGUCUGUGCAUCUAUGAAUUCGCCUUCUGGGGAACAUGGUGGCCUCUUCUCGCCAAAAGCCAGGAUCUCCCUUCUGUGGUGGCUACAGACUUCUCACCUCGUCAAGGGUCGGAGGUUCGGAAUUCAGAACUGCAGUUUUAAGGUAGAUGGUCAAGUCAGGAAGUCGUCCUUCCAAUCAACAUUCUGGAACUCAGGGCCAUAUACAACACCCUUCUGCAGACCUCACAUCUUCUUCAAGAUCGGGCCAUUCAGGUCCAGUCGGACAAUGUGACGGCAGUGACGUACAUAAACUGAUGGGGCGGAACAAAGAGCAGAGCAGCAAGGUCAGAGGUGUCAAGAAUUCUCCUCCUAGGCAGAAAGAAACGUUGUGGCGUUGUCGGCGGUCUUCAUUACGGGUGUAGACAACUGGGAAGCAGAAUUCCUCAGCAGACACGACCUGUACCCGGGGGAGUGGGGCCUUCACCCGAAGGUGUUCAGGUGUUUGACAAGUCGAUGGGAAUAUCCACAGAUCAACAUGAAUGGCCUCUCUGCUUAACAAGACACUCAAUCCGACUAUAUUUCAAGCCGGGAAGGGGGUAACGUCUAAGCAUUACCAUCGUAUUUGGAAGAAAUACUUCUCUUGGUGUUAGUGCAGAAAUUGUCCCGUGGUGGGUUUUCAUCUGGGACGUUUCCAGCUUUUUCUGCAGGCAGGUGUGGAUGUGGGCCUACGCCUGGGCUCCAUAAAAGUCCAGAUUUCGGCCUUGUCCAUUUUCUUUCAAAAACAUUUGACUUCUCUCCCUGAGGUCCAGACGUUCUUGAAAGGUGUUCUGCACAUCCAACCUCCCUUUGUGCCUCCAACGGCACCUUGAGAUCUCAACGUGGUGCUGCAGUUCCUCCAAUCGGACUGGUUUGAACCGUUACAGGCGGUGGACGUAAAAUAUCUUACGUGGAAGACUGUCACACUGUUGGUCUUGGCUUCAGCAAGACGUCUGUCGGAAUUGGGGGCUUUGUCUCAUAAUAGUCCCUAUUUAAUUUUCCAUGAGACAGAGCUGAACUCGGAACUCGUCAGCAAUUUCUUCCUAAAGUUGUGUCUGCGUUUCACAUCAACCAACCUAUUGUGGUUCCGGUUGUCACCAACACUUCUGCUACUUCAAAGUCUUUGGAUGUUGUGAGGGCUUUGAAGGUGUAUGUGAAGAGAACAGCUCGUCACAGAAAAAUGGACUCGCUGUUUGAUCCCAAUAAGAUUGGGUGCCUUGCUUCAAAGCAGUAAGAUUGAGUGCCCUGCUUCAAAGCAGUCUAUUGCACGCUGGGUCAUGCUUAAGAUCCAGCAUGCUUAUUCCACGGCAGGUUUGCCAUGUCCAAAAUCUGUACAUGCCCACUCUGCUAGGUCGGUGGGUUCUUCCUGGGCGGCUGCCUGGGGUGUCUCGGCUUUACAGCUCUGCCGAGCAGCUACUUGGUCAGGUUCGAACACGUUUGCUAAGUUCUACAAGUUCGAUACUUUGGCCUCUGAGGACCUUCACUUUGGUCAAUCAGUUCUGCAGGAACCUCAGCACUCUCCCACCCGGUUUGGGAGCUUUGGUACAUCCCCAUGGUACUAAAUGGACCCCAGUAUCCUCUCGGACGUAAGAGAAAAUAGGAUUUGAAUUACCUACAGGGUAAAUCGUAGUCCGUGGAGGAUACUGGGACCCCGCCCAGUGCUUCGUUCUUCCUGCAAUGUUGGUUCAGCCAUUGCUGUUCCUGUUUUCAAGUUUGGUUAGGUUAGCUUGGCUUUCCGUGUGUGUGUGUGUGUGUGUGUGUGUGUGUGUGUGUGUGUGUGUGUGUGUUCGGAAUCUCACCACUAUCCUUAUCUAUCCUUCUCUCAAAGUAUGUCCGUCUCCUCGGGCACAGUUUCCUAGACUGAGUCUGGUAGGAGGGGCAUAGAGGGAGGAGCCAGCCAACACUAUCAAAUUCUUAAAGUGUCCAUGGCUCCUAGUGGACCCGCCUCUACCCCAUGGUAAUAAAUGGACCCCAGUAUCCUCUACGGACUACGAGAAAAGGAUUUACCGGUAGGUAAUUAAAAUCCUAUUUCCCCCCCUUAAGUGACAGGUAUGUAUACAAAUUAAAUGGUAAACUAUACUUGGUGGUACACUUUGCUAUGAUACAUCCUAUAUAAACAAAUUAUUAAUUUCCUUUUGUAUUGUAAUGCUGUUGACCCCAAGGCAUAAGCCUUAGUGACCGCUGCCGAGUACCAUACAUUGACACUACUGAGAUCUGAAUAUAUUUUGGCAGUUCCCAUUUGUUACAGUCAACUUGUUCGUGCAUCUUUGUGCUUUCACUUGUUUUUCUCCAUAGAAUUCGUUUUAACUGCACCUUACAUAUUUCCAUGUUACUUGGAACUUUACAUCAUUGGAUGGCUAUGUAACAUUUUUAAUGUACAGUUGGUGUUUUGUUUGGAAGAUGUUUUAAUCCUGUGACUGACUUAUUUUUUCGGGGAUUAAAAUUUAGUUUUAAAAAAUA